AAGAGAAGACAGGGUAGGCCACACAAAGAGCAAGGCAAAGGGAAGAGAAGAAUCCGCGUCCUGCACCCAACGACUUUGCAGCAACAGCAGCCAUGUCCGGCGGAGAGAAGAGGGCGAGGGAGGAGGUGGAGGCCUUGCUGGCACAGACAAAGCUAAAAGAUAAGGUGAAGGACAAGAUCAGGGCCGUCGCCAACAACACAUGUGGGGACGCUGUGAGCCUGCAUAAUGCUGGCCUCGGCGACAGGGGGGCGCGUGCGGUGGCCGAGGCACUCAAGGACAACACCUGCCUCAACACGCUCGUCCUGCACGACAACUCCAUCAGGGACCAGGGCGUCGUGGCGUUGGCGGAAAUGCUGAAGCACCACACGACCCUCACGGGACUUGGCUUGAUCAACAAUCAUAUCAGCGAUGUGGGCGCCGUGGCGUUGGCUGAGGUGUUGAAGGAUAACUCCACCCUCGAAACGCUUGUCCUGUUCAACAACUCCAUCACCCCUGUUGGUGGCACCGCGCUGGGAGCUGCCAUGGACCAGAACCGCACGCUGAAAAACCUCUGGCUUCACAAAAACUCCACUGCCACCGCUCGCGCUUUUGGUACUGCACUGCCCAUCAAUCGAGCGCUCGGCACAGGCGAUUGGGGUGAGGAUGGCGAGGGCAAGGCAGCCUUCUUCACAGCCCGCGAGGAGAAGAAGCAACAGCAGCAGCAACUGUUCACCGCCUGUAAGAGUGGUGACGCUCGAGCUGUCAGCUCCUUCAUCAACCAAGGCCACACAGACAUGAACCAGCAAGAUGAAGAGGGCAAUACGUUGCUGCACGUUGCCUGCAGGCACAACCAGCCCACCAUCGCGAGGCUGCUCUUUAAGAAGGGCGGGAACAUUUUCAUCAAGAACAACAAGGGAGAGAGGCCCUAUGAUGUGGCACAGGCCAGCGGUCAUACUGCCAUCACCAGCAUCCAAGGGCUGAAGCCAGGCGGCAAGCCUUUGGAGCAACCACAACAGCAACAGCAGCCAAAACAAGAGCCACCUGCGCCCACUCCUGCCGCCGGACCGAAGCAAGAAGAACAAACAGCGCAAGACCACCACCAUCAGCAGCAGCCCGAGCAGGCGCGCAGGAAGCGUCUCCAGCAGCGCAUGCGGGAGGUCAUAGCACGCUUCAACGCGACCAUGGCGGGCAGGGCCAAACUCAUCUUCAUUGGUCAGGGGCGCGCCGGGAAGACCAGCACGUUCCACUCGCUCAUGGGUCACAUGUUCAACAAGCAUGAGCACUCCACCCUUGGCGCCGCCUCAACCGACCUCGCCGUCAUUGUCGAAUCAAUGGACGUUCACGACUGGCAGGAGCUGAAUGCGGAGAUCUCGGAGCUGAUGCGCAGUCUCUGUGGAACGGCGCUGGCGCAGGAAUCAGGCGUGGAUUGGGAGAUGAAGCAGGCGAUGAUGACGGCGAAAAUGGACCUCGAGAGCCGCAUCGCCCAACACCAACACCAACAGCGGCAACAGGAAGCCGAGAAGGCACCAAAGGCGACGGGUUCAAAGUCGAAGAAGGAGCAGUCACAGCAGUCAAUGGAGACGCGGCCACGGCCAUCAACCCACACGUCAACAUCGACCGUCCCAAGGCCCAAGGAUACGUCUCAUGCCCCAGCACCUGCGCCCAAGAAGCAGGCCAACCCCGAUCCUUGCCACCAGAAUGAUGCUGGUACUCACGAGAACAGCACCACCGCCACGACCGGCAUGACUGCGAAGGAAAUGGAGAAGGCGAUCAAAGAGUUCAACGUGGAAGCCGUCAUGGGCCAGGGCAACACCAGGGUCACUUUCAAGAUCUUUGACCUGGGCGGUCAGUCCACCUUCUACAUCUUCCACCCUUUCUUCCUCACAGAGUACGCGGUGUACCUGCUGGUGUUCUCCAUGGAGGACCUGCUGCACCAAGAUGAGAGCAACCGAGCUGAGACGUGGGAGUUUAUGGAGCAUUGGCUCUCCUCCCUCCACCUCCAUGCAAAAGGCGCACCCGUCCUCAUCGUCGGCACCUUCGCUGAUGUGGUCAGUCAGCGGAAGCAGCAUGAGCAGAUCUCACGCGAACUGUACAGCCGCCUGCGCCACAACCCCGCUUUCCCUGGCGUCAUUCACAACGACAAGCACGGCUUGUGGUUCUGGCCCGUCGACAACACCAAGUCCAUCAACGACCCCAUGAUCCAGGACCUGCGCCAGACUAUCUCCUCCACAGCACUGGCGCAGGAGUACGUAAGCCAGGAGGUGGCCGUGCCGUACCUCCACCUCUACGACAAGCUCCAUACCAUCGCCCGCGACGACAAUCGACCGCUGCUCACGUUUGAUGAGGUGGUGGAUAUUGCGCGCACGUGUGGGCUGCGCACGCGUGACGAGACGAGGGCCUGCCUUCAGUUCCUGCACCUGUACUCGAUGGUGCUGUACUACGACAGCGUGCCAGGCAUGGAUGAUUGUGUGAUCCUGAGUCCGCAGUGGGCGGUGGACACGAUGACGCGCGUCAUCCGCAACUUUGACCUGCACUACGAUGCGCGGGAUGGCGAGGCGAGGGCCGUUGGCGCGCAGCUGUGGGACGACCUCCUUGACCGCGGUAUCCUGCAUCGCCGCCUGCUGGAUGUGCUGUGGAGGGACGUGGACAGCAACUUGAUAAUGCCGUUCCUGCGCCUCAUGAUGCAGUACGGGCUGUGUGUUGAGUACUCCCCACCCAAGCUGGUGGACAGCCGCAGAGCACUCGCACGCACCAACUCUGGCCACGGUGAAAAUGCUACAGCCAAGGGCAGCAAGGGCAGCAGUCCCGGGCACCAGCAGUACCUGGUCCCUGCCAUCCUGCCGAUGACGAUUCGCCACAACAACAGCGAGAUGGCAUCCGUGUCGCUUAGCACGACGGCAGCACAGCAGGUCAACCCAUACGUUGGUUAUGAGGAGAAGACAGCCUACGUCACCUUCAGUCUGAAGCAGUUCAAGCGAAGUGCGAGCGUGCAAGUUGAAAAUGCACAGCACGCGUCGUUCCUGCCAGAGGGCCUCUUCACCGUUGUGCUGGCUCAUGUUAUGGCGCAUGCACAGCACGGCGCAUCUCAGGCGCCCAAGCUGAGCCGCACCCACGCCGUCUGCUUCAUGGAGUCGACCAAGCUGGAGCUGCGGCUUGUGCCGGCUGUUGGCGGCAUCAAGAUGAAGAUUACGAGUGCACAGCCACGCGCCAUGCUGCACAUGCUGCACACCAUGAUCAGCGAGGCCAUAAGAGAGCGCUACCCCGAGCUAAAGAGCAGCCUCCUGCUGCCAUUUGACGACAAGACGCUGCUGUUCUUUGAGGAUGUGCUGCACCACCACAAGAGCAAGCAGGACAUGUGGGUGGACGAGCAGCUGUUGUCGCCCGAUGACCUGGUCACCAAGUACGGCUCUCUCUCGCCCGUUCUCGGCCUGCAGGACAAGUACGACGUCUUCAUCAGCUACAGGCAGCGGGCGAACAGCGGGCUGGUGAUAGCGCUACACCCGCGCUUGGAACAGCAUAACCUGGUUGCGUUCCUGGACGCGAACAACCUGGAGACGGGCCUCAACUUCAAACUGUCGUUCAUGACGGCGAUAGGGCUGAGCCUGGUGGCCUGCCCCAUUGUCUCUGCUGCCACCAUCAUGCAGAUGACGCAGCUGCAGGAAGCAGACUACUGCGACAACGUGCUGCUGGAGUGGAUGACGAUGCUGGCGCUGGGUGAGGUCGAGCUCAACCACGAACUGAUCCGCCUCCGCCGCGUCGUGCCUGUGAUGGUGGGCAGCGCGUGGCACGAUAUGAAGAUCAGCAGCAACAUGAGCAGGGUAGAGGCAAGCAAGUAUGACUCACUUGAGCCCAUGAAACGGCUGGCCGAGUCGCUGCCCGAUGUUGUGAGCAAGGAGACGGCGGCAGCAUUGGACCAGUACUUUUCGCAUGUUCUACACCUGCCCCCACCACAGCAGCACACGACCGUGCGCCAAGUGGUGGCGUCGUUGUUCGACAUUGACGCCGUCGUUGCACUGGAUGCCACUGAGGACCGCACGUCGCAGCUGCGCGACAUUGAAGAGAAAGUGCGCCAAGUCGUUGUCUCUGCGAGAAGCGACGAGCACGCAGCGCAGGGACCAGGGUCUGCACGUCGAUCCACGCAGUCGUUCUUCUCGUUGUCGUUUUCUUCUCCAAGCUCCGUCACCCCACCGCCCGCGACUGCCUUUUCUUCUUUCUCCUCCUUGUCACCCUUUGAGCCUGAGCUGGUGCACUGGCUCGACCAGCACUCGCUGCUGCCGCACGUCGAGUCGGCGCUGUUGGAGCAUGGCAUCGACUCCCUUGAGGUGCUGGUGGCCUCUGUGCAGGAUAACGACCUGACCAAGGACAUGCUGAAGAAUGCCGGCGUGAAGGUCGGGCACGCAGUGAAGCUGGUACGAGAGGCAAACAAGUGCACACUGGACAGUACGGUGGCGUGAUUGCAGCUCCCUCGGGUGCAAGGGUUGCAGAGCCACUACCUAUCGCUUCUCGGUUCCCCUGUUGGUUCAGUCUGCUGGUGCUCAGUCGACUUACUCCUUACCCCCUCUGUUCUCUGCUUUCAAUUUGCAAAGUGAUCUGUGUGUGUGUGUGUGUGUGUGCGUGUGCGUGCGUGCGUGUGUGUGUGUGUGU